AUGAAUUUUAGAACCAACAAGUUGAUUUUUUUCAUCAUCAUUUUUUUCUCAUCACCUAAUUAUUACCUCACACAAGCUACAACGACAUCCUCAUAUGAGCACAUUAAUUAUGUCCAUGACAACAAUAAUUUCACAUCCAAAAUUUCACCGGCCGAAAAAUUUACCGUGUUCAUAGUUAACUCUCUCCCAGUCGAGAACUCGACACUUUAUGUGGAGUGUGCUUCGGGAGAUAACUAUCUCGGGGCUCAAGCUCUCUUACCCGGAGAGUAUUUUCAUUUUAAAUUCCGAGUGAACCUGUUUAGAACCACGCUUUUUUACUGUCGGUACAUAACAGAAAUAAGGCAUAUAACUCAUGAUGUUUUCAAUAAGAAGCUUGGUGGUUCUUGUGAAACUCGAGACCCUGAAAUUGGUAAUAAGUGUGUUUGGAUAGUCACGGCCGAUGGCUUCUAUCUGGGCAAUCAAUUUCCUCCAGCUCCGUUUAGAAAGGUGUAUGACUGGUACCAAAUUCUCUCCCAGUCGAGAACUCGACACUUUAUGUGGAGUGUGCUUCAAAAGAUACCUAUUUUGGGGCUCAAGCUCUCUUACCCGGAGAGUAUUAAUUUUAAUUUCAAAUUCCGCGUGAACCUGUUUAGAAUCACGUUGUUUUACUGUCGGUACAUAACAGUAAUCAGACAAAUAAGUCAUGAUGUUUUCAGUAAGGGGCUUGGUGGUUCUUGUGAAACUCGGGACCCUGAAAUUGAUAACAGGUGUGUUUGGUUAGUCACGGCAGAUGGCUUCUAUUUGGGCAAUCACUUUCCUCCAGCUCCGUAA